AUGAAAUCUGUACUUGAAAACUCUCUAGAACUAUGGAAACAUGCUGCAAACCUUGCAGAUCCUCAUCCGAUUGCAACUGUUCAUGCAGCUCUUGCUGAAGAUGAUGGUUUGGUCAAAGCAUUUAAGACAAAAUGGCCGUAUGUUGCAGCAAAGAUAUACACAACGCUAGGAAAAGAAUAUGCGCAUAAUUUUGCUGAAUGUUUACCUCAAUCAACAAGGUUUUUGGCUUAUAUCAUUGAAGAUUUGUUAUCUAAUGGAAAAUGGAAGGAAGCUGCCGACACAUUGUUGAAGUUUGAUAUAGGAAUGACUGAAGUACGAGCAUCUGCACUCGCAGUUUGCAUUUUAUUCAGUGAUGUGGCAGGAUUUGACGAAUCAGCACAAUUUUUCAGAGAAGAACUUGAAGAUAUUCUAACAAUAGAUGUUGGACAUUUUAAAGAAGUGAAAGACACUCUUAGAAAUAUCUCAAAUAUGUGGAAUACCGAAAUUAAAGAGAAUGAAAUUCCAUCAGGAAAGAAUGUUCUCAUAGCUGCAAGAUGGGUUGUAAAUAAUGCAAAUACAGCUGAAAAGGUCGUAGAUGUCUCAAACUUCGCUAAUCAAAUUUGA